AUGCCAAGUUUCCAGCACCACUGUUACCACUACCAAGGGGACCAAGAAUUUUUGCCAUCAUUACCAGGUACCAACGCUAUUACUGCCGCCUCGAGUAUCAUUACUAUAACUGCCAAACUACCGACACCUUUACUACCAAUUCCAACAAGUUUUCCACUGUUAUCAAACUACCAACAUCAUAACGAUAGACCACCACCACUACCAAACUACCAACACCGAUUACCACCAUCACUACCAUGCUACCAAUACAACCAGCAGCAACAAUUCCACCAUUACCAGACUACCAACACCAUUACCACCACUCGUUGGCUACCAAUACAACCACCACCGCUCCCAGCAACAUUUCCUCCACUACUAAACCUACCAAUACCAUUUUCUACCACCACUACCGAACUUCCAACACCAUUACCACAACCACUUCCAUGCUACCAAUACAACCACCACCGUUCCCAAGCAACACUUCCACCAACACCACUACACCACCUCCGCUCCAAGCACCAAUUCCACCAACACCAGACUCCCAACACCAUUUCCUCCACCAACACACCACCACCACCACCUCCCCCAUCGCCCCCGAAACACGCGGCCAAACCAGCCAGAACCAAGCACUAUAUUCCCCCGUCACGGUUCCUUAAGGGAGAGAGCGAAAGUGCUGCGUCCUAUGCAAAUGAAGGACGUCAAAGCUGGCACGGUUGGGAGAGCUCCACUUUUGCUCCAACAAGCUCCACUUUUGCUCCAACAAACCUACUCCACUCCACUCCUUUCAACUGCUCUAACACGCCUCAACUCCCAUUCCCAUAG